UGGCAGCUUGGCACAGCAGCUCAACAGCCAAACACCUAACCUAACGCCAUCUUGUUCGGUGUAUUGGCCCACGCUGCCCGCAACCCAGCUAAGCGGAUGGACUUCGCACACACAGCGUAUAAAUACCGGGUAUUUUGGAGCCGGCCCCAAGCUUGAACAUGGAAUUGAGACGGCCCCGCAGCCAACGAGCGGGGUAGGUUCGUACUGUCCUUCGGCAGCCGUGUUCAUACAGUUUGCCAACCGCCCCUUCCCGUCCUUGAGCUCGACCCCAUCUGCUUCCCACGGGGCCAUUCAGGCAGAAACUCAUCCAAUGGCCUGAUUGCCAGCAACUUGGGUUUCUGAUGUCUCGCAGCCUACUGUGCCACCCAAGCAAACUUUGUAUUGCAGACAAGCCCGCUCUCACCGACGUCACUGGCUGUCGGCCUGCGUCUGCAUGUGAACAAAUGAUCACGUCCUCCCUUGCUUGCCUCAACGGCACUAGCUCUCUUCAGCAGCCAUGAUGUCGCGCUCUAUCCUCCGGCCAGCGCUCACCUGCAGUGUUAGGCCCGCCAACCCAGCUAGCGGCCGCGUCUCUCUUCAGACGGCAGCUGGUCUCUCUGAUCGGACUGCUUUUCGCGCCAGCCCGGUCGCUGGCUGCCAUCGAGCAUGGCACGCCACCCUUCGAACAGAGCUAUCAAGUUCCGCAGUUCGAGCCCUCACUGUCCCGAAGGUCAGGUCAUUGCAAAUCGCUCGACACGCCUCUGCCGUGUCUGCUAGCUCAGGUCAACUCCGUGAGAAUGGGUCCCCCCCGGCGGCGGCGAAAUCUGAGCACCCGCCUACACCCACCACUCCCUACGGGCAGCUAUCCAUUGGGGUGCCAAGGGAGACGUACCCUAACGAACGCCGCGUCGCCCUCACGCCCCAGAAUGCAGCUCUCCUCCUGAAAAAGGGGUUUGCGAAGGUGCUCGUCGAGAAGGGCGCUGGCUUCGAGGCUGAAUUCCCAGAUGAGGCCUACGCUGCUGCCGGUGCAACUCUGGUUGAUGAGGCCUCGGCUAUCUGGAAGCAGGCGGACAUUGUGCUCAAGGUGCGAGGCCCCAGCACUGCUGAGGCCGACAAUGUCAAGGAAGGGCAGACCAUCAUCAGCUUUCUCCAGCCAGCGCAGAAUAAGGCGCUAGUUGAGAAGCUUGCCACCCGCAAAGCUGUGGUAUUCGCCAUGGACUUAAUCCCCCGCAUCUCCCGAGCUCAGGUUUUCGAUGCGUUGAGCAGCAUGGCCAAUAUUGCCGGCUACAAGGCGGUGCUAGAGGCAUCCAACACUUUUGGUCGGUUCCUAACCGGUCAAGUUACGGCGGCGGGCAAGAUACCGCCGUGCAAGGUAUUGGUCAUCGGUGCCGGUGUCGCUGGGUUGAGCGCAAUAGCCACUGCGAGGAGACUCGGGGCAAUUGUGCGGGGCUUCGACACGCGAUCUGCAGCUCGUGAGCAAGUCCAGUCCCUUGGGGCUGAAUUCAUUGAGGUUGAAAUCCAGGAAGAGGGAGCCGGUGCCGGUGGUUAUGCCAAAGAGAUGUCCAAGGAAUUCAUCGAGGCCGAGAUGAAGCUCUUCACAGAACAAAGCCGGGAAGUCGACAUCAUCAUCACCACGGCUCUGAUUCCGGGCAAACCCGCGCCAAAGCUUAUCACCAAGGCCAUGAUAGAGAUCAUGAAGCCGGGUUCAGUUAUUGUUGAUCUUGCCGCGGAGGCCGGCGGGAACUGCGAGAAGACCGAGCCUGGCAAGAUGGUCACGUACAAGGGUGUCAAGAUCAUCGGGUACACCGAUCUGCCCUCGAGGUUGCCCACACAAUCAUCCACCUUGUACUCGAACAACAUUACCAAGUUCUUGUUGUCAAUGGCCCCGAAGGAUAAGGAAUACGGUAUCGACCUAUCAGACGAGGUUGUUCGAGGCGCAAUUGUGACACAAAACGGGCAUAUUCUCCCUCCUGCUCCUAGGCCUGCUCCACCUCCUGCUCCAGCGGUUGCGCCAACAGCCGCCAAAGAAGCCGAAGUUGUUGCCCUAACUCCGUUCCAAAAGACGUCGCGCGAGGUCGCUUUGGUGACCGGAGGCAUGGGUUCGGCUCUUGCCCUGGGCAAGCUCACCGGUCCUCUCUUCAUGGGCAAUGCCUUUACGUUUGCCUUGGCCUCGCUCAUCGGCUACCGGGUUGUGUGGGGCGUUACGCCCGCCCUGCAUUCGCCUUUAAUGAGCGUCACUAAUGCGAUAUCUGGAAUGGUUGGUGUUGGUGGCUUGUUUAUUUUGGGUGGAGGCUACUUGCCCGAGACGAUUCCCCAGAUGUUUGGCGCUGCGUCCGUUCUGCUCGCGUUUGUCAACGUUGCUGGGGGUUUCGUCAUCACCAAGCGCAUGCUGGACAUGUUCCGACGGCCGACCGACCCGCCUGAGUACCCCUGGCUCUAUGCCAUUCCUGGAGUGCUGUUUGGCGGUGGAUUCCUCGCGGCGGCAUCUACAGGAGCGGCUGGGCUUGUCCAGGCUGGCUAUCUCGUAAGCUCUGUGCUCUGCAUUACCUCGAUCUCAGGACUGGCCUCGCAAGCAACGGCUCGCAUGGGAAAUAUGCUAGGAAUGCUUGGUGUCGGGAGUGGUGUCCUCGCUUCCCUCUUGGCAGUUGGAUUUUCUCCAGAGGUCCUGACCCAGUUCGGAGGUUUGGCAGCGAUUGGCGGCAUCCUUGGAUUCUUGAUUGGCAAGCGCAUCACCCCAACUGAUUUGCCUCAGACGGUUGCUGCGCUUCACUCUGUCGUUGGCCUGGCCGCAGUUUUGACAAGCAUCGGCAGUGUCAUGGCUGACCUGAACCAUGUCUCGAUGCUUCACCUCGUCACGGCAUACCUAGGUGUCCUGAUAGGCGGGAUAACCUUCACGGGUUCUAUCGUUGCGUUCCUGAAGCUUGCUGGCAAGAUGUCCUCCCGGCCCCUUAUCUUGCCUGGACGACAUGUGCUCAACUCGAGCCUCCUUGCGACCAAUGUUGCCACCAUGGGUGCCUUUGUGACGAUGGCCCCAGGCUCGCCCCUGAUUGCUGCCGGAGCCCUUGCUGCCAACACUGUCCUGUCGUUCCUCAAGGGCUAUACUACUACGGCCGCCAUAGGCGGUGCCGACAUGCCUGUCGUCAUCACCGUCCUGAACGCCUACAGUGGCUUCGCUCUUGUUGCCGAAGGGUUCAUGCUUGACAACCCCCUCCUGACCACUGUCGGUGCUCUCAUCGGAGUUUCCGGGUCCAUUCUGUCAUACAUCAUGUGCGUUGCCAUGAAUCGCUCACUCGUGAAUGUUCUGUUUGGUGGCAUUGCGGCGCCCACAACGAGCAAUUUCAAGAUUGAAGGCAGCGUGACGCAGACGAACGUCGAAGAGACGGCAGAUGCGCUCACUAAUGCGGAGUCGGUCAUCAUCGUCGUGGGGUAUGGGAUGGCCGUGGCAAAGGCACAGUACGCAAUAUCGGACAUCACCCGCAUGCUGCGCUCCAAGGGCAUCAAAGUACGGUUUGCGAUUCACCCAGUCGCUGGCCGCAUGCCUGGCCAGUGCAACGUCCUCCUCGCCGAGGCCAGCGUGCCCUAUGACAUUGUGCUCGAGAUGGACGAGAUUAAUGACGACUUUGGUGAGACGGACGUCACUCUUGUCAUCGGCGCGAACGAUACCGUCAACCCUAUUGCCCUCGAACCGGGCAGCCCUAUCGCUGGAAUGCCUGUCCUACACGCAUGGAAGAGCAAGCAGGUUGUGGUCAUGAAGCGUAGCCUGGCGAGCGGUUAUGCCGAUGUUCCAAAUCCCAUGUUUUACAUGCCCGGAACUAGAAUGCUCUUUGGAGACGCAAGGGUCACCACGGAAGCCAUCAAAGCAGCCAUCGAAGCCCGAAUCAAGAAUUAGUCAAUAGACCGCAGACAUACCAUGUACAUACGCAUGUUCUAUCUCUUGGUUGGGAUCUCUUUGGGAGAGCAAGCAUGCAGCAUGCAUCUGUUGGCUGAUUUGAGGAGCUUGUAGACGCCCAGGCUUGUAGAGGCCGGUGUAUUUGCGGUUUCCGUUUUCGAGCCUCACUUCCUCAGGGUCAUGGUGGAUCGCCUAAGCGAUUACACCGCUUUCGCGAUAGUUGCUUCCCGUCGUUAUUAUAUAUUGCAUACUUGUGCGUUCCGAGCUUCGGUAACGAAUACCUGACGUUUCCGGUGCUGAUCUGUAGUAGAAUCAUGUGAUGUCGUUAGUGUGCUAAACCCGAGGUCAAUACGCUGUGCUGUAGCUUAGA